AUGGAGUCCAUUGUGGAAUCCAUGCAGGAGGUAAGUAAACAUUAACCAUCAAUUCACCUUCACCAUUACAUCAUUUCACCUUCACCAUUACAUCAAUAUACCUUCACCAUUAUAUCAAUUCACCUUCACAUCAAUUUACCUUCACCAUUACAACAAUUCACUUUCACCAUUGCAUCAAUUUAUUUUCACCAUUAGAACAAUUCACCACCAUUACAUCAAUUUACCGUCACCAUUACAACAAUUCACCUUCACCAUUACAUCAAUUCACUCUAAUCUCUAAUCUCAACAUCCAAUUCUACUAAAGAAGACAGACAGAGAGACAAACAUGAAGCAUAUAGGUGCUUGAAAAUAUAUAUUCCCUGCUGAAUCACUUACCUCGCAUAGCAGACCUGAAUGUCAGUGUCUCACCACUAUUCCCUGUCUCUCUGUGUAGAUAAAACACAUUAGUCCCCAUCGUCACAUCAGUUUACAGUAUCAUGGCCCAAGGCAGGCACUAUACUUCCUAUGCCACAUCAAAAGCCUCAGCAGGUGCUAGUAUAGUAGCAACCCCCUCUUUCUGCACCACCGUCGACGGACACAUCGAUCAACGGCAGCAUCUGUGUUUGUUUUGGAUUAUGGGUCAGCAGAAUGCUGGAAGUGAAGAGAAUUCCCUGGGGGGCUCUUACCUCUCUGAGCUCACACAGGCAGAUGUUGUUUAGCAUGGAAUUGAAACAGGAAAUCUGCUCUAUGAUAGUAAUUUGAUAAAGGAUAUCAGGUGAUUAUGUAGCGUGAUUUACUAUGUAUGUAGUCCCCCUCUGCAUCUACUGUAAUGUCCGUAAUCCAUCUUUAUCACUUAGUUAUUCCACACCAUAAUGUACAAAUAUACAGUGAGCUCCAUAAUUCAUUGGACAGUGACCAUUUUUUUGUUAUUUUGGUUCUGUACUCUAGCACUUUGAGUUUGAAAGGAUACAAUGACAAUGAGGGUGGAGUGCAGACUGUCAGCUUUAAUUUGAGGGUAUUUUCAUACAUAUCGGAUGAACCGUUUAGAAAUUAUAGAAGCUUUUGUACAUGGUCCCCCCCAUUUUCAGGCAUCAAAAAACAUUGGACAGUUUAACAUAAUGUAGAAUAAAGUAAUCAUUGUUAAUAUUUGGUCGCAUAUCCUUUGCAUGCAAUGACUGCUUGAAGUCUGCGAUGCAUUGACAUCAACAGACGCUGGGUAUCUUCCCUGGUGAUGCUCUGCCAGGCCUGUAGUGCAGCCAUCUUCAGUUCCUGCUUAUUUUGGGGACUUAUUGCCUUCAGUCUCCUCUUCAGCAUGUAAAAUGCAUGUUCAAUUGGAUUCAGAUCCGGUGAUUGUCUCGGCCAGUCAAGGAUUUUCCACUUUUUGGCCAUCAAAAACCCCUUUGUUGCUCUAGCAGUAUGUUUAGGGUCAUUGUCUUGUUGCAUGAUGAAGUGCCGUCCAAUGAGUUUGGAGGCAUUUGGUUUUAUCUGAGCAGAUAAAAUAUUUCUGUAGACUUUCAUUCAUUGUUCUACUUCUGUCUGCAGUCACAUCAUCGAUAAAGACAAGUGAGCCUGUUCCACUGGCAGCCAUACAGGCCCAAGCCAUAACACCCCCUCCACGGAUGAGGUGGUAUGCUUUGGAUCAUGGGAAUUUCUUUUUUUUCUCCACACUUUCCUCUUUCCAUCCCUCUGGUACAUGUCAAUCUUUGUAUCAUCUGUCCACAAUACUUUUUUCCAGAACUCUUGGGGCUCUUUUAGGUGCUUUUUAGCAAACUGUAAUCUCGCCUUUCUGUUCUUCAGACUUAUCAGUGGUUUGCAUCUUGUAGUGUACCCUCUGUAGUCCUGCUGGUGUAGUCUUCUACGUAUGGUAGACUUUGACACAUCUACACCUGCAUCCAGGAGAGUGUUUUUGAUCUGUUGGGCUGUUGUCAGGGGGGUUUUCUUCACCAUAGAGAGUAUUCUCCGGUCAUCCACUACAGUGGUCUUCCUCAGUCUACCGGGUCUUUUGACAUAAUUGAGUUCACCGGUUGUUUUUUUCUUGUUAAUGAUGAACCAAACUGUUGACUUGGGCAUGGCCAGGGUUUUUGCAAUGUUCCUGAUUGAUUGAUUUUCAUUUCUGAGCCUUAUGACGGCCAGCUUCAUUUGCAUCGACACUGCUGUCUUCCUCAUGUUGUCACACCCCAACAACAACCUCCAAAGGCAAUAGCAAAGUCUAGAAUCAAUACUAUUCAUCAACAGCUCUCCUGCAUUCACUAACGACACAAAUUAAUACACCUGCCUAAUGACACACAUCUGUGAAGCCAAUUUAACAAAUACUUGUAGUACCUUAAAAUGGGGGGACCAUGUACAAAAGGUGCUGUCAUUUCUAAAUGAUUCAUCCGAUAUGUAUGAAAAUAGCCUCAAAUUAAAGCUGACAGUCUGCACUUCACCCUCAUUGUCAUUGUAUCCUUUCAAACUCAAAGUGCUAGAGUACAGAACUAAAAUAACAAAAAAAUGGUUACUGUCCAAUGAAUUAUGGAGCUCACUGUAGAUUGGGGCCAUAUUCAAUAUUAUUCAAUAUCUCAAAUAUGGUAAAUAAGAAUGUGUGUUGGUUUUUGCUGCAUGUGUUUGAGUGUAUGUGCUUGGGGCAUGUGUUUUGAAUUGUGUAAAUCUGUGUGUGUGUGUGUGUGUGUGUGUGUGUGUGUGUGUGUGUGUGGGGUGUAUGUUCAGAGUGCCCAGGAGUCAGAGGAGAUCCAGGAUGAACUGAAUGAGAAGGUGGACAGGUUGAAGGCUGAGCUGGUGGUCUUUAAGAGUCUUAUGAGCGAUGUGAGUAUAGCAUACACACCCUCCCUUCACACUCCACUGCAGCACACUGUCACAGACUGACAGAUACCACAGUCAUAUUCCUGUUAAAAGGAUGCCAAUUAUAUUCUCAACAAUACAACAGCAGUGGUUGUAUUGACAGUAGUAUUGUUCUUCAUAGGUGAUGAUAGAUGUUGUCAGUCAUACUGUAGAGGUCCUUUGGGCUUCAUUCAUCAUCCUGAACACUCAGAGACUUCGCUCCAGGACAGGCUAGCAGAUUCACACCCCUCCUUAUUUGGAUUUUUACCCAGCAAUGGAAACAUAUUCUGCUGCAAACGCAAGAGGGCCUUUCAGAUAGGCAUUCAUUGAAUGCUCAGAUAGCAAGCGUUCAUAAACAGACAGUCAAUCAGCAGGACCUUACGCUAUGUCUGCGCAGCACUUUAUUUUUCCCAUGGAGCUUGGCUCUAGUGUGACGGCUGUAAUAUAUUGCAGCUGGCUCAGCCUUAGCUUUUGUUUGGUCAGGAAUGAAUACACAAAACUAGCAAGGAGUCGUUUGGAUUUCCGUUGAAACCAUUCUAGCUUGGCACCCUCUCUUAUUUACUUCUGUAUUUAACUGGCCAUGUCGGUUAGUGGCAUUAUGGGUAAUAGCAGCUUCCUCCUCAUGGCACAAAUAUCUGUAGUCAGAGAAGGAUACAGUUGAAGUCGGAAGUUAACAUACACCUUAGCCAAAUACAUUUAAACUCAGUUUUUCACAAUUCCUGACAUUUAAUCCUAUUCCCUGUCUUAGGUCAGUUAGGAUCACCACUUUAUUUUAAGAAUGUGAAAUGUUAGAAUAAUAGUAGAGAGUGAUUUAUUUCAGCUUUUAUUUCUUUCAUCACAUUCCCAGUGGGUCAGAAGUUUACAUACACUCAAUUAGUAUUUGGUAGCAUUGCCUUUAAAUUGUUUAACUUGGGUCAAACGUUUUGGGUAGCCUUCCACAAGCUUCCCACAAUAAGUUGGGUGAAUUUUGGCCCAUUCCUCCUGACAGAGCUGGUGUAACUGAGUCAGGUUUGUAGGCCUCCUUGCUCGCACACGCUUUUUCAGUUCUGCCCACAAAUUUUCUAUAGGAUUAAGGGCUUUGUGAUGGCCACUCCAAUACCUUGACUUUGUUGUCCUUAAGCCAUUUUGCCACAACUUUGGAAGUAUGCUUGGGAUCAUUGUCCAUUUGGAAGACCCAUUUGCGACCAAGCUUUAACUUCCUGACUGAUGUCUUGAGAUGUUGCUUCAAUAUAUCCACAUAAUGUUCCUUCCUCAUGAUGCCAUUUUCCAAGCUGUUUAAAGGCACAGUCAACUUAGUGUAUGUAAACCUCUGACCCACUGGAAUUGUGAUACAGUGAAUUAUAAGUGAAAUAAUCUGUCUGUAAACAAUUGUUGGAAAAAUUACUUGUGUCAUGCACAAAGUAGAUGUCCUAACCGACUUGCAAAAAUGAUAGUUUUUUUAAAAGGGACAUUUGUGGAGUGGUUGAAAAACGGGUUUUAAUGACUCCAACCUAAGUAUGUAAACUUCCGACUUCAACUGUAUAUGCAGUACAGUAGUACAUAUGAGGCAACACACAGUGUGACCUGAUAGACCUCCAGGGUAGUGAAUAAACACUGUGAUUUGGGACGUGUCCUUUGAAUAGGUGUACUUUGUCGUUGCUCACUAUUAAGGGCGGUCGACGUCUGAGUUCCCAAUAUGUCAGGCGUUCCCAAUAUGUCAGGAGGGAUCUGGAUAUGAAAGUAAGAGAUACCUCUAUUCCUGCCUUCCCACUUCCCUUCACCCUAGAAUCAAAAUACUAGCCUUUCCCUUACCACACUACUGUGAAACAGUGUUGUGAGUGUUGUAGACAGUGAAGUAUAGAAUUGUUUGGUCAUAACUAGCAUAUUAGAGUAAAUGCAAAUUAUUGAGUGACAAAAAGAAGCAUGAGAUGCAGCAGUGAUCAAAUUCACCUUGGAGUGUAGGAUGUUUCCUUUGUACCUUCACAGAGAUGUUGCAUGAUGUGUUAUUGACCCAGACUGACUGGAUGUGGGUUUCUGCUGGGUCUGCAAUCUAACCAUAGUGUAUUCAAUUGACUUUAAUACUGCUUCAAAGGCCAGUCACAGAUACACACUCAUGGACGAACUCAGCAUGUGACUUAUGUUAUUCAUAUCAGUCCGAUAGCUUUGAAAUGCCUUUAGACAUUUGUUGAGUACAGUAAGUAGAGGUUUUGGGUGGAUGAUUCUCCGCUUCACAGCCAACACAGACACCUCUCCUUCCUCUCCAGCAAAUGUCUGACCUGGACACUAAGAUCCAGGAGAAAGCCAUGCGGGUGGACAUGGACAUCUGCCGGCGCAUCGACAUCACCGCCAAACUGUGUGACGUGGCUCAGCAGCGCAACUCAGAGGACAUGUCCAAGAUGUUCAACGUCAGCCCGGCCAGGUCGCUCCCAGAGAGGGUGUGUAUCUAUCUGUAUGUUAGGCCUCAGUCUGAAACAACUAACAGUAUACUGCUGCUACACUUUCUUCUACAUAGGCAGACACACACAGCCACAAACACAAUGCUCAUUGACCCUUCCUCCAUAUAUACACACACACACACACUCGCUGCUCAGUAGUGAACUGACGCUGUGACUUUCCACGCUGCACCACGUUAUCACAUUGUGCCGACAGUGCUGGCUAAAGCCAAAAUAUGAAUCCAGCCAGAAUCAAACCAGAAGCUUUUUAGGUGGUGCAAGGUACUGCCUAAAUUAUUAAUGUCAGAUUAGACAAACUGCCCAAAAUUCAGUCCUGCAUUGAUGCAGUGAGUGAGUAUCCUGGUUGGGCGUGUGUGUUCCAGGGUGCCAUGGCGUGCUGCAGGAAGAAGGAGCACAGGCCUGUAUCUGAUGAGGACAGCUCUGAGAUGGAUGCGGACCCCAGCACCAGUACCUCAGAGGAGGAGGAGGUCCCUCUUAACAUCACUGAUGAAAUGAAACGAAUGCUCAACCAACUGUGAGUCAGCCUUCACACGCACACUCAUUACAGCUAUUCAGGAAGAAAAGAGCUGCCUUCAUUAUGACCCCCUCCACACACACGCACGCACACACACACACACACACCACAGGAGGCUGCUGAUGGGAGAAUGGCUCAUAAUAAUGUCCGGAACGGAGCAAAUGGAAUGGCAUCAAACACCUGUCACUGUCUCAAGUCUUUCUCAAACACUGUAUGUAGUCCUGCAUGUCUUCUCUAUGCAUCUUUCUUCCUCCUCUGUGUUUGGACCUCUUGUGAAUGUGGUGCCUGUUGUGUUUCUCCUCCUUUCCUCCCCCUCUCUCUUUUUCCUUCCUCUCCCUGUCUCUGUGCCACACAGACAUUGUUCAGAUGAUAAUUGUGUUGCCAGGAGGGAGACAUUUGACAUUGAUGACGACUGUGACAGCCUGACGUGGGAAGAGAAUGACGAGACCCUGUUGCUAUGGGAGGACUUCACCAACUAUAACAUCCAACCUGGUGCCAUCACCACGGCAAACUGCACAGCCACCAGCGCAGCCAACAGCAACACAGAGGAGCCUGUGAGUCGGAUUAGAUACCACACAGUAAAUGUCAAGGAUACAUAUGUACAGGACAAUGCAAAAACAUUUCAAUUACCACUACCUGCUGAUAUACUAAUGGUCAAGGGUACAGGAGGGCAUUGAGGAGUCGGUUACCUACCAGACUUCCCAUCCAUUCAUAUUCAGCAAACUCAAAUGUUUGCAGUAAAAUAACUUAUUUUCAUUUUGACUUGGCGGUCAAAUCCUGCCCAUUGUUAUGCUCACAGUUGAGAAAUGAAAUGCAAUAUACAAAGUGAGUGAGUGUUUUAGCUAAUCCUCUUUGCUUCUUCCCAGGUCUCUCAGGAUGGAAGCCUGGGCAGCCUCAUAGAUGAGACCGAAUCACUAUUCAAGACCAGAGAGCAGGAGUACCAGGAGACCAUUGGUGCGAUUGAGGUGAACAGGCUGUGUGUGUGUGUGUGUGUGUGUGUGUGCGUGUAUGAGAGAGAGAAUGUGACAAAAAUAGAGGGAGAAUGAAAUUCCCUGAGAUGUAUCUGCCUGUUAGAGAUCUAUUGUAUCUAAUAUAAAUACCUGUCAAUUAACAGUACAUGGGAGGACAACGACUGCCUUUGAUUUGUUGGUUGUUUUGUCCCUCUUGCUGUUUGGUUUUGAUUUGUGACUCCGGUGACGAUUCAUCUGGCCAGAGUGACUCAGUCCCUGGCAGGGCUGGCACCUGUCCCAGCUCAACGUCACUGAUGUCUCUUUCUCUCUCUCCUCCCUACCCUCUCUCUUCGGUCUUCCUUACUCUAUCCCCUUCUCUCUCUUUCUCUGGCUCCCUUUCUCCUCUCCCAUCAUCUCUCCCUCCCACUCAGAUGGAGCUAGCCACAGCGAAGAGUGACAUGAACAGACACCUGCAUGAGUACAUGGAGAUGUGUAGCAUGAAGCGUGGUCUGGACGUGCAGAUGGAGACAUGCAGGAGGAUGAUCAAAGGGGGCAGGAACUCUUCCCUCCGUUAG